AUGGAAGACAACGAGAGUUGUAGUAGUAGCGUGAUGGAAUCGGCGGCCAGUGGGAAAAUCCGGCAGCAGAGGAAGAAGGUGGAGGUUUACAAUGAGGUUUUGCGGCGGCUCAAGGAAUCAAGCCAUCCGGAGGCUCAGGGGCCUGCGUUUGACGAUCAACUCUGGGCGCACUUCAAUCGACUCCCUGCCAGGUAUGCAAUGGAUGUGAAUGUGGAAAGGGCGGAAGAUGUUCUUGUGCACAAGAGGUUACUGUACCUGGCACAUGAUCCUGCUAAAAGGCCUGCAUUUGAAGUCCGACUUGUGCAGGUUGCACCUAUCUCUGAUGGGACUUCAACAGAUACAGUCCAGUCACGCUUACCUCGAAACGCAAGCAUCCAUCCACCUCCUGCAUUUGGUUCUUCUCCCAAUCUUGAAGCACUUGCUCUCGAAGCAAGCAUAUCAGAAGUGCAAGAUGGAGACAGCUCUGUAAAUGCUGGUACCAAACUUUCCCGGCCUAUGCAUGAAAUUACUUUCUCAACAGACGACAAGCCAAAGCUCCUCAAUCAGCUGACUUCUUUACUGGCCGAAGUUGGGUUGAACAUUCAGGAAGCACAUGCCUUUUCCACCGUGGAUGGCUAUUCUCUUGAUGUCUUUGUUGUCAAUGGUUGGCCAUAUGAGGAGGUUGAGCAGCUCCGAGAUGCAGUAGAAAAAGAAGUAUUGAAGGCCAAGGGACACUCUUGGCCACAACAGCAUUCUGUCUCGCCUCUUGGUGAGCAUGAACAAAUAGAGAUCAAAUCUGAACCUGAUCAUUUGACAAUACCUAGUGAUGGCACUGAUGUAUGGGAAAUUGAUCCUCAAGUUUUAAAAUUUGAGAAGAAAGUAGCCUCAGGAUCCUAUGGUGAUUUAUACAAAGGUAUGUACCGUAGUCAAGAAGUGGCUAUUAAAAUUCUUAAAACUGAGUGUUUGAAUUCAGAAUUGCAGAAAGAGUUUGCCCAAGAAGUAUAUAUAAUGAGAAAAGUUCGCCACAAAAAUGUCGUGCAGUUCAUAGGGGCUUGCACACGACCUCCAAACUUGUGCAUAGUAACUGAAUAUAUGUCUGGAGGAAGUGUUUAUGACUAUCUACACAAACAAAAGGGUACUUUUAAAUUUCCGUCUUUGCUCAAAGUAGCAAUUGAUGUAUCGAAGGGAAUGAAUUAUUUGCAUCAGAAUAAUAUAAUACACAGAGACUUGAAGGCUGCCAAUCUUUUGAUGGAUGAAAACGAGGUUGUUAAAGUGGCUGAUUUUGGGGUGGCAAGAGUGAAAGCGCAAACUGGAGUUAUGACAGCUGAAACCGGGACAUAUCGAUGGAUGGCCCCUGAGGUUAUAGAACAUAAACCCUAUGAUCACACGGCAGAUGUCUUCAGUUUUGGGGUUGUAUUAUGGGAAUUGCUGACUGGAAAGCUUCCAUACGAGUACUUAACCCCCUUACAAGCGGCUGUUGGGGUGGUGCAAAAGGGCCUGCGGCCAACUGUUCCAAAGAACACUCAUCCAAUGUUUGCUGAGCUACUCGAGAGAUGCUGGAAGCAAGACCCAACAUUGAGGCCUGACUUUUCUGAAAUAACAGAAAUCUUGCAGCAAAUAGCAAAGGAGGUUGGAGACGAUGCAGAGGAUAGACGCAAGGAGAAAUCAUCUGGAGGAUUUUUUUCGGGCCUAAGAUGUGGACAUCACUAA